AUGAGGAUUAUUUGCAGACAGCUUGUCUUCUUGUUUUCUGGCUUUUGGGGACUAGCAAUGGGAGCUUUCCCUAGCAGUGUGCAAAUAGGUGGUCUCUUCAUCAGAAACACAGAUCAGGAAUAUACUGCUUUUCGAUUAGCAAUUUUUCUUCAUAAUACCAGCCCCAACGCCUCUGAAGCACCUUUUAAUUUGGUUCCUCACGUAGACAACAUUGAAACAGCUAACAGCUUCGCUGUAACAAAUGCCUUUUGCUCCCAGUACUCUAGAGGAGUUUUUGCCAUUUUUGGACUGUAUGAUAAGAGAUCAGUACAUACCUUGACCUCAUUCUGCAGCGCCUUGCACAUCUCCCUCAUCACGCCAAGUUUCCCCACAGAGGGCGAGAGCCAGUUUGUGCUGCAGCUGCGACCAUCUUUACGGGGAGCUCUCCUAAGUUUGCUGGAUCAUUAUGAAUGGAACCGUUUUGUCUUCCUUUAUGACACAGACAGGGGUUACUCAAUACUUCAAGCUAUUAUGGAAAAAGCGGGACAAAAUAGCUGGCAAGUCAGUGCCAUAUGUGUGGAGAAUUUUAAUGAUGCCAGCUACAGGAGGCUUUUAGAAGACCUGGAUCGAAGACAAGAAAAGAAAUUUGUAAUAGACUGUGAAAUAGAGAGGCUUCAGAAUCUUUUAGAACAGAUUGUGAGUGUUGGAAAGCAUGUUAAAGGCUACCAUUACAUCGUUGCAAACCUGGGAUUCAAAGAUAUUUCUUUGGAGAGGUUUAUGCAUGGAGGAGCCAAUGUAACAGGAUUUCAGUUAGUAGAUUUCAGUACUCCUAUGGUAACUAAACUCAUGCAGCGCUGGAAGAAGCUGGAUCAGAGAGAAUACCCAGGAUCUGACAGCCCUCCAAAGUACACAUCUGCUCUGACCUACGAUGGGGUACUUGUGAUGGCUGAAACAUUCCGUAACCUUAGAAGGCAGAAAAUUGAUAUUUCACGGAGAGGGAAUGCUGGGGAUUGUCUUGCUAAUCCUGCUGCACCAUGGGGCCAGGGGAUUGAUAUGGAGAGAACACUCAAACAGGUUCGAAUACAAGGGCUGACCGGAAAUGUUCAGUUUGACCACUAUGGUCGCAGAGUCAACUACACAAUGGAUGUAUUUGAGCUGAAGAGCACAGGCCCUCGUAAGGUUGGUUACUGGAAUGACAUGGAUAAAUUAGUUUUGAUUCAGCAUGAACCUUCCCUUGGAAAUGAGUCAGCCAUUGAGAACAGAACAGUAGUUGUAACUACAAUUUUGGAAGCCCCAUAUGUUAUGUUCAAGAAAAAUCAUGAUACAUUUGAAGGGAAUGACAAGUAUGAAGGAUACUGUGUAGAUCUGGCAUCAGAAAUUGCAAAACAUAUUGGUAUCAAGUACAAAAUUGCCAUUGUCCCUGAUGGAAAAUAUGGAGCAAGGGAUCCAGAGACAAAAAUCUGGAAUGGGAUGGUGGGAGAACUUGUUUAUGGGAAAGCAGAGAUUGCUGUUGCACCUCUGACCAUCACUUUGGUACGAGAAGAGGUCAUUGAUUUUUCUAAGCCUUUUAUGAGUUUGGGGAUAUCCAUUAUGAUAAAAAAGCCCCAGAAAUCUAAACCAGGAGUGUUUUCCUUCUUGGACCCUUUGGCGUAUGAGAUCUGGAUGUGCAUAGUCUUUGCCUACAUUGGUGUCAGUGUGGUCCUGUUCCUAGUUAGCAGGUUUAGCCCAUAUGAGUGGCACACAGAAGAGCCAGAGGAUGGGAAAGAAGGACCCAGUGAUCAGCCUCCCAAUGAGUUUGGCAUAUUCAACAGCCUCUGGUUUUCCCUGGGUGCCUUUAUGCAACAAGGAUGUGAUAUUUCCCCAAGAUCCCUCUCAGGUCGCAUUGUUGGAGGUGUUUGGUGGUUCUUCACACUCAUCAUUAUUUCGUCAUACACUGCUAACCUCGCUGCUUUCUUGACUGUUGAGCGAAUGGUCUCGCCCAUAGAAAGUGCAGAAGACCUUGCCAAACAAACCGAAAUUGCAUAUGGAACACUGGACUCAGGGUCAACAAAAGAAUUCUUCAGAAGAUCAAAAAUAGCAGUGUAUGAAAAGAUGUGGACCUACAUGAAAUCGGCAGAGCCAUCAGUGUUCACUAGGACUACAGCUGAGGGAGUAGCCCGUGUUCGCAAAUCCAAGGGCAAGUUUGCCUUCCUCCUGGAGUCCACCAUGAAUGAAUACAUUGAACAGCGAAAGCCGUGUGACACCAUGAAAGUGGGAGGAAAUCUGGAUUCGAAAGGCUAUGGAGUAGCCACACCCAAGGGUUCUCCAUUAAGAACUCCUGUAAACCUUGCCGUUUUGAAACUCAGUGAGGCAGGCGUCUUAGACAAGCUGAAAAACAAAUGGUGGUACGAUAAAGGUGAAUGUGGACCCAAGGACUCUGGAAGUAAGGACAAGACGAGUGCCUUGAGUCUCAGCAACGUUGCUGGAGUCUUCUACAUUCUGGUUGGAGGCUUGGGCUUGGCCAUGCUGGUGGCUUUGAUAGAAUUCUGUUACAAGUCCAGGGCAGAGGCGAAGCGAAUGAAGCUGACCUUUUCUGAAGCCAUAAGAAACAAAGCCAGAUUAUCCAUCACAGGGAGUGUAGGAGAAAACGGCCGUGUAUUAACUCCCGACUGCCCGAAGGCCGUGCACGCUGGAACUGCAAUUAGACAAAGUUCAGGAUUGGCUGUAAUUGCAUCGGACCUACCAUAA